GAUUUUUUAUUUCACUUAAAAUCAUGAAAGCUAAAGAAAUGAAGAAAGAGAGCAACUUAGCAAGGUUGGUGAAAUCUCCGGUUCGUUUCUUGAUCAUGGCACGUGACGCUUACAUACGAAGCAUGACGUCAUGUUCUGCCGGUUUCAUCCGCGGUGGUGGUGGCUCCGGCGGGUUUGGCUUACCGGCCGGUAAUUUCCAAAUAUGCGAAGCACCGAGCACUGUUCUCCCGCGUAGCUUCACCCUAAAUUCGGCCAACACAACACGUGAACGUUGCCGGUUUGUCACAAGCUGCUCACGUGGCGCCGGCAGCGGAGAAAUCACGGUGGAGACUACGGCGAUGAGACGACAAAUGGAUCUCCGGAGAAAUUACAGUUGUAUGGUUAUGGGAAGGAUCGAUGAAGAGAAGGUUUGUGAUGAGUUUGAAGCAGAGGAUUUGUUAUUUGAUUAUACCAAAAAAAGAAAAAUCGGUGGAGUUUUCACUACUCAUCAACAAUAAAAGAAAGAAAAUGAAAACCAUAUUAAAUU